AUGGAACUUACCACCAACCAAUCAAGAGGUCUUCAAACCGCAUGGCUUUUGUCAACAUUAGGAUACAAAGCAUCUUCAAGAGGUAAGCUCAUCAGAAAAGAAGAAUUAUUGAAGAUCCUGAUACCUGAACUUUGCAACGAAUUAAUAGAACGCUAUAGGGAUGGAGCUGGUGUUAACAUCAGAUUCUCGUCGAAUGUGUUACAUGGAAUUUCGAUUUUGUAUGGGUCAAAAAUUGCUCAGGUGUUGAAUGAAGUUACACAUGUUCAAUUACGCUUACAAAAUGCAUAUAUUCAAUUAGCAACAAGACAGAAUGGUCAGCUUGUAAAGCGCGAAGGUGCUCGGUGUUUGAAACAGUCAGAGGUUUUGAGGAAUGACGUUGCAUUUCAUGUUGAAUGGGAUUUGAUGCCACAAUUGCAGAUUCAAGGAUUAGAGAUGAAUGAUCUGCACAAUGCGAAACGACGCAAAUUGGAAAUUGCCGAGUUUGACUUACGUGAGUUUUCUAUAACUGACGGAACAACUGGGGCAGACUCGACUAGCGCUACAGGACUAGGUCAAUUUACUUUAGCUAUAGAUGGCCAAACAGAUGCUAAUUUUGACAACAUGAAUUUGUCAAUACAAAGUGAUGAGCCUGGUAACGAUGAUGUUAAUGAACAUGUUAAUUUACAAUUUAAUGAAGACGGUGAGAUCUUGGAGAUUCUGGAAAAGGAACCGAAAAAUGCUCGUACGUCACUGGUGGACAUUGAAAUUGAACAUUCUCGUAGAAGGGAGGACUCAUUACAAUUAGUUGAUAACAAUGGCAUGGUGAAUGGAUUGGAAAGUGAAGAAGGAAUCAAUGCAGAUCUUCAUGACUUCACUUUUGAUACUGAAGAGGAAAAUGAGAGGCAAAAAUUUGAUCUUGAACCAAGAACAGCCCCCAUAUUUCGUGUUCUAAAGCGCAAACUAGUGAUUGAUGAACACAUAACUUUAACCAGAGAAUUCAUUAUCAAUCACCACGACAAUUAUGCCACCAUGAUGAGCUACCGAGCUUCAUGUAUGCCUCAACAGCGUCGGGUUCAACAAGUGUACCAACAACUUAACAUGAUUCAUUUUAGACCAUGGGCCAAUGGGAAUUCGGUUCGUGAUUUCAAUUCGUCUAGUAUAGAGGAAAGUAUCAAUCGAACGAUGGGCAUAUUUCAUCGAACCGGAAUUAUGGCCAACGAGGUAACCGAACAAGCAAGAAACUCACAAGUAUUAAUGGAAGUUGAAACAUCGAGAGUAUUGCAAAGCGAUGACUUGAGUCAAGAUUUGGAGGAAAUUGGACAUCGUGAUAUUGAAGAUGCGGAGAUGAACUUUGAUGCCGCUAUGUUAGAUUUGGAUUUCAACUUGGACGGAAGUCGUGUUGAAGAAGAUGAAGAGGAUGAGGAGUUUUUUCUUCAAUCAAGUAGUUUAAGUUUAGCUAGUGGUGAACAUAAUUUGCACCCGAAUUUGAUGCCGCGAUUGAAAAAGUUAGUCAAAUAUUUUAUUCAAAGACUGACGGAGUUAAACAAGCCUACUGUUUCUCAGCAAAAGGAGUAUCAUUUAACUUUUGAAGAGUUAGUGCCAGUGAGAGAUAAUUAUGAAGUGAAUUCGAAAAAAAUUGCUGCUGGUGCAUUUUCCAGCAUCUUGUUUCUUAUUAAUAAGAGUAUAAUGUCAAUUGAUGUGGACCCUCAUGCAUGGCCUGAGACAAGCUUGUUGAAAUCUAGCGAUAUCAACUUGACUUUGCACCCACCUGCGACGGAUUGA